AGAUGAGAUAUCACAGUGGGUCAGUGUGGGUGCAGCGUUCACGUCUCUGUGGUCUCGUGAACUCCUACAGCCUCUGUUUAACCCAGCAUCUCUCACAGCUGCUGAACUGAUAUUCAGAAGCUCGCAUCUCCCAGAAGAACACUGCGGUGAUCAGAGUGCUGAUGAAUGAGCAGAUUUACCAGCCGUCCUGAUUUGAUGUUUGAAACAUCAGAAAACUCUCGCACUUCCUGUAGCAGCUUCAGAACCCGAAUCACAACCAGACACAUCGCCGGACACCCGAGGACUGUAACCUGACCCCGUCUGUGGCCUCACUGCCGCUGAUGAAAUGCCUCGAUCGUUUCUAGUGAAAAGUAAGAGGGCGGGGCAUCACUCCACACGCUCCGCCCACUCUCAGCAUGGGCAUCAUGACGGAUGGACGUCCAGCAGUCGCUCAUCGGCUCUGGAGCUGCUUCCCUGCACAUCCACCGACAGCAGCCAGACCCAAAACAGCACCGAUGUAGCUGGAGCUGGAGCUGGAGCUGGAGCCUGGCCUUCAUCCACUGCAGCAGGGAAGCAGUCUGGAGUUUGUCCCUCAUCUGACCUGUCGUCCUCUGGAUCUGAUCUGGAGCGUCUGAUUCAGGCUUUACUCAGGCACCAUCAGCUGAACAACGUCCAGACGCCGCUGUGUGAGUGUCCGCUCUGUGAGAAGUUCCUGUCCUCUGCUGUGGGUUUGGCAUCGCACUUGUGCAAGUCACAUGACAACAGGGCUGCUCUCCCAUUGGCCGGCUCCACAGGCUGUACCCAGGAGCAUUAUGGGUACAGACCUACGGGAAUACUAAGGAUGAGAGAGCGGAGUUUCACCUGUAAGGUUUGUGGGAAGGUGUUUAAGAGGUCGUCGACUCUCUCCACACACCUGCUCAUUCACUCGGACACGCGGCCGUUCCCGUGCCCCUACUGCGGAAAGAGAUUCCACCAGAAAUCUGACAUGAAGAAACAUACGUUUAUACACACAGGUGAGAAGCCUCAUGUGUGUGUGGUGUGUGGUAAAGCGUUCAGCCAGAGCUCCAAUCUGAUCACACACAGCAGGAAACACAGCAGCUACCAGCCCUUCAGAUGCUCACACUGCCCGCUCGGCUUCCAGAGGAGACUGGAUCUACAGCGCCACCUACAGACACACUCGGAGAACCACAGCGACAGACUGUACCACGGGACCUGAGAGAGACCAGCUGCACACAACACAACACAUUGCUUUUUUACCCUAAAGUACUUCUUUAUAAUGUUUGUCAGUUUAAGAUGUUUGCACCAAAAACAUUUUUCUUCCGUCCCUCUAACUUUAAUAUACAUUGCAUUGUGAAAAAUAUCAGAACAUACUGGUAAAAAAAAAAUUUAUAGCCCGAAUACACUGUAAGUCGCUUUGUAUGAAAGCGUCUGCUAAAUGCAUAAAUGUAAAUGUAGAACGUCCUAUACUGUACAUUUAUGGCUUAAAGACCUUUUAUUGUUGCAUAUCAAUUGGUGUCAUAAUCACAAGGUUUCACAAUUUUUUUGAGUCAGAAUAUAUUUUUCAGAUAAGCAGGAAUAAACUCGAUGCUCAUAUGACCAUAUGAAAAAAAAUUUUUACAUGUAAAACUGGUCAAAAAAACAGAUGAGAUGGACCGGUCAGAAGUAGUUAUGUGUGUUAAUCCAAUGCAAAAUCCAAUCCAAUGCUACUUUGAAAAACUAGCACAAAAAUAAAAGAGGUUACCUGAUCCUGGCGAGAAAAACAUGGGAUUUCCAAAUCCAGAUCAUUCUGAUCCAGAUGAAUCUCUAAACAACUGGCCCCAGAAGAUUGUACCUUCUUUUAAAUACAAAAAAUGGAUAAAAGAUCUUUCCCAACCCUCACUGUCAUGUAUCCGGGCUUUAUUUCUUUAAUACUGACACUUUAGACAUAUUUGUCUAGGACUACAACACACUGAAUUAAAAACAAUUAAAGGAGGGAAAACUAAAUAAAUUAAAGAUCAUUAGAGGAGCACAAAUCUGUGAUCGGUUAACCUUUAGCAGCACAAUAAAUCAGUUACAAGCACCUCAGCACAGUGGUACACACAUCCAGCUUUAAAGAAGGCAGAAAUCACACGAGACAUGAUAGUUCAGUGUGAAGCGCUGGUCAUCUCCAUCAGGUUUCUGAGGCUGCUCUCCUCUAUAACACAGCCCCUUUGGACUCAUUUCAGGCCUUCCUGACAACCAACAAGCAGAUUUAAUGUUAAUACACAGCAGAUGCUUUCCAGAUGAAGAGAUCUUUAACAGACCUCUUACAGACGUAUCUGUGAUAUCUGGGUAAGCUCAUAAUAGAAAUAAAAUACUGCUUUUUUUUCCAGUUUAGCAGCACAGAUUGUGGUUAUAUUUGUGUCAACAUGUUCUGCAGACUAA